CAGUCAAGCGCUGUCUUUCAGUUGUCAAUGAGGACUAUGAGGAAGACUAUGAACAGGAUGCCCAUGAAUGUGUGUUGCUCCUCCUCUUUCAGCUGAAGGAGGAGGGUAUGGCAUUAAAGGGCUCACCAGAGCCAUACACCUGCCCCGUGAAGCAGUUAGAAUUCAAGCUGAAGACUUCCCGUACCUGCACCAGCUGUGGAGUUAUAGUGUAUGGUCAGGAGGAUUAUAAUCACCUGUCACUGAGCCUGAGCCAUUACCUGACACACAGCCUGGACCUCUACUUUAAGCCAUCUGCGUUAGAGUGUGCAUGCAGGGUGUGCUCAGGCAGCAUGGCAUCUGUGACUAGGCACUUCCUCACGCUGCCCCGGGUCCUAAUGCUUCAUAUCAAGCGAUUUACUGCAGGCAACUGGGAGCCAGAGAAGGUGGAUGAUCCCAUGUCCAUCCCUGCAGAAAUAACCCUCCCAGCCGUAUGUGGGAAGACAGCCCAUGUCCAGUAUGGAGCCAGGGCAAGCUCCCUGGGGAGAAACAACAUGGACAACACACCUGCAAACUCCCCGAAAGGCACCCUUGAUAGACCAGGCCACUACAUCAGUGAUGUUUUGGACAGCCGUGGCAGUGGGUGGCUCUGCCUGGAUGACGCACAUGUCUUGAGGACAGAUGAGGCCACUGUGCUGAAGGAGAUUGCACAAACUGCCUACAUCCUGUUCUAUGUCUGCAGUGGAGCAGGUGAAGGAGACCAGGCCCCUCACUACCAGGAGAAGCACCAGGAGAACCCAUCAUUAAACUCAGGGAGAGGCACAGCGCUCAGGGACCACCUGGAGUAGCACCUACCACACACCAAGA